AUGCGUCCUCUUCCACCGGCACCGGACCUGCCUGACUUGGCCGAAGUCCUUCGCAAAGCUACCGUUGAAGGUAUUAGGCAGGGUAUCGCCUGGGCUAAGAAGGAUAAGGAAGAAGAAGAGAGCCGCUUGGAGAUUAAGCGUGAACGGGAUCAAUCACCGGAAAGUCUGUUCGUUACGCAGGACAAGAAUACUAAGACGGACACUCAUGUCGCCGUAACCACACUCUCCUCUGGUCCCUUUGCAGGCUUACGUUCAGCGAAGAAGCGUGUCCGUGAAGAUACCGAUCUAGAGGAAGAAUCAAUGGCUAGCUAUGGCUCAGCAGGAAAACUGGGCAAGAAAGCGCACGAUAUGGUCUGA